CCGGCCGAGGGGCGGAGCGGGGCUGCUCUGGGCGCCGACGCGCUGCGAGCGACGCCGUGUGCCCGCGGAGCGUGCGGGUGGCGGAGGGCUCGCCGGAGCUAGGGUGGCAAAACACAAAAGAGGCUCAGGAUGUCUGUAAUUCAGAAAGGGACAGCAACACUUCGCAAAGCAAAGAAAGCCGCUGUAAAAAUAUGUCUAGAUAACCCCUUUGUUUUAGAGUGGAAAACCAUCGAGGGAGAAGAUAUGCAUUUUAUACUGCAGACCUUAGAAGAAAGGAUUAAACAUACUGGGCUUAAAAAGGUUGAGACUCCAAGAGUGAAAAAACGUUCCCUUACAAAAAAACAAAUGGAAAGAAAGUGUAAUGCUAGCACCAGCGAACUCCCUAAGGAAGAGAAUGCAGAAAGCCAUCAACAAAAAACGGGGUGGACUGACCCAAGUAUCAGGAGACAGCUUGCUAUUGGAGUUAAUGAAGUUACAAAAGCAUUGGAAAAGGAUGAACUUCUUCUCUUGCUGGUUUGCAAGUCUGCAAAGCCUGCUAUGAUCACAUCACACCUCAUCCAGCUGAGCGCAAGUCGAGCCACGCCAGCAGGGCAGGUUCCCCGCCUCAGCGAAACUAUUGCACCGCUUCUCGGUUUAACAUCCAUUUUAGCACUAGGCUUUAAGAAGCAGUCUGAUAAAUUUACAGAAGCAAUAGCAGCAAUAAUUCCCAAGAUACCAGCUUUGGAAGUGCCAUGGUUUCAGUGCAAAACUGAAGAAUCUGUGGAUUUUGCUCAUGAAGGUUCUUCAGAAAAUGAGGAACCUGAGCAGCUUGCAGAGUUGCUGGGGGAUGAGUUCAUGAACCUGAAGCGGAAGCGUAUGGAAAGCAAUCUUUCAAAUGUAAUUUUGCAGCCUAUGAAAAUCAAGAAACUUGUCCCAAAUCCAAAUAAGAUAAAAAAACCACCUCGAAAAAAGAAGAAAGCUUUUUCAGCAUAACUGAUUUUUUAAAUGCAAUAUGGAGUACAGCUCUAACUGAACUAUCUUGUUAGGCUUUAGGGUGUAAAGCACUUGAAUACAAGGUGGACUUCAUGUUGCAUUCAGCUGAGGUACUUUCUGCUUUAAUAAAGAAUAUUGCUCAAA